GAAGGGUCAUGAGAGGCCUAUUUGAGUGAUAGAAAGAGAGACAUAGAUUCCUUCUUCAGUUCUUCUUUUGUACCUUGGCACCUUUCAUAGCAUGGCGAUCAACAGAGAAAUAGCAGUUUGUCUCCUUCUAAUCUUCCUUGUUACGUCACGUAACCAUAGAUUUAUGUGCGUAGAAGGCAGGCAUUUGAGGCGGCCGGGGAGUAGCCACCACAAACACCCAACGUCGGUAAAGAGCGGCGCCGCCGGUAAGCAAUAUGAUCCUUCUACCAACGUGGCGUCCAAACUAAAUGGAGGGAAGGUGGCGGCGGCCGGCGGCGGCGUGGAGAGGAAGAUGGAUUACAAUGUGGAUGAUUUCCGACCAACCAUGCGGGGCCAUAGCCCGGGGGUUGGCCACUCCAUCAACAAUUAAAAGAUGCAUGCCAAGCAAAAAAAAAAAAAAAAACCCCACAUUUCUAUUGUUCUUUGUUUCUUUUUCUCUCCAUUGUUUUCUAGCUUUUUGCAAGUGGGUAUGGCGGUGGGGAACAGCAGGAAAUGUAGUGUACAUAAGAGGAGCUUGUUAAUUAAUAUGUUGAAACUCGACCUAAAUACACUUGUUCUUUUAAUAUAUGAUGAUAAUGAUUACGUGUACUAGACAAAGGAGUGGAUAGUCGAAGUAUGAGCUGUGUUCACCCUCUAAAGCGGGAAGUAAACCGAAAAUAAGUGUACUUAUCCUAGAUUAGGGUAGUUAGUAUUGUCGACGAACCGCGAGUUAUAGAUUGUAAAGUUUGAUGUUGACUGUAUCAGAAUCUCUAGGGUCCACAAAUCUAAACAACAAACGAACUACCACUCAUAUGGAUAAAAAAAAUAUCACAAACAUCGACAUCUUCUGGAUUUUUUUAUCGUCUAAAUAAAUUGGUUGUUAAUUAAGGGAUACUCUCUAGGAGCACUUCUACUAUGCUAUAUAGUAUUGGUACUUUAAUGUACAACUUAAAGUUGUACCAUAACAUUAAAUGUAUAAGUUUAGGUUGUACCAUAAAGCAAUUUGUACUAUUAUGUUAUGGUACAACUUUACAACUUGAAUCCCCUUCUGUUUUGGCUGAAAUCUGCUUAAAAGGCCAUCAGUGGCCAAAGCACGGUCGAGGGCACGGCCGUGCUUUGCCUCAGCCCGCCCGUGCUUUGGCUAGGGUUAAUUACACGGCCAUUGUGUUGGGAGAAACACGGCCGUGCUUUUGGGAGGACACGGCCGUGCUUUGGUGGACACGGCCGUGCUUUCAGCCCGUGUUUGCAGCUUGAAUUUGCCAAACUCAAUUAGCUCUCGGCAGUAAAAGCACGGCCACAGAACACGGCCGUGUUCUGUUUUAGGUGUGCCCGUGUUUUGGCUCCAGCUCGACGAAAUGACUUCAGAAUGCCCCGAAACUCGUGCUUAGCCUUUCCUUUGACGCCUGGGACCUGAAAUAUGACAAAAUAGCACAACCCGGUGUAAAAUAGGCAAAAAAUACACGACUAUGCCCCUCAAACGGAUAAGAACUAGGGGCGCAAAUACGUGCAAUUACAUCGUUAUCAAAUUCCCCCACACUUAACCGUUUGCUUGUCCCCAAGCAAACCAAGUCAGACACAAGGUAAGCUCAAAACAGGGCAUGUCAUAUCGGCACAAAACACGUGGAUCAUACUGGCUUUCGAUCAGUAACACAUGGACAACCUCAAUGACAACCUAGACAACCACCACAUAGACUUGACUCCCUUCUGUUCACCAACCAACAUAGACUUGACUCAACCACUUGUUCAAAACAGUCACGUCAUGCACAAAGUUCAAGAUAUCAGAAUUAAGACCGAGCAAUCUAGGUCCUCACCGGGAUAAAGGGUAUAGAGAAUAAGAGAAAAUGAAUCGCUUACUCUCGACCAGUGGGGUCAGGACAAUAUGAUGCGAAAAAUGCGCAUGCUUAAUCUCUCAAUCCCUAACAUCUCUUCAUCAUGAAUGCAGCCUCUAAGUGCUAGAGUUCACAGAUGGGGUGUCACCACUAACUAAUCUGGAGGUCUUAGACACAGGUUCAGAUGACUGGCUAGGGUCUUGGACAUGGGGAAAAAGGCCUUUUAGGUGGUGGAAGUAUACAUACAGCACAAGGUUCCACAUUUCCAAACCCAACAGACUCACAAUCAAUCAAACCAAUAACUUUCUUUCUGCUAUUCUGCAUUACUCAAGUUCAAAGCACAAGAGCGAAGGAGGUUACAUAAAUGCUAGUAUUUCUAAGCCAGACUGCUAAGAAACACUACUACAUGGG